AUGAUCUUUAGAGCAAUAGUACUCUUUCUGUUGCUGGCCCUGGUGGCUACGACAUCAUUUGCUGUGGUGGAGAAGAAAACGUAUGUAGUUCACAUGGACAAGACAAAGAUGGUGACCUCAAGUCACAAACAAUGGUGCCAAGACUUGAUGGAUUCCGUCCAUAAAUUAUCGACUGAGGAGGAAGAAGAAGAAACAACACCACCACCAGAACUCAUUUACAUCUACGAAAAUGCGGUUUCUGGUUUUGCAGCAAAGCUUUCCAUCAAAGAAUUAGAAUCCUUGAAAAGAAUGGAUGGGUUUCUCUUUGCCACUGCCGACCAAAUGCUAAGGGCUCACACAACUCAUACUCCUCAAUUCCUCGGCCUACAACCUGGCAAAGGACUAUGGAGCGCGCCCAACUUGGCUUCUGACGUGAUUAUUGGCGUCCUUGAUAGCGGAAUCUGGCCUGAACAUAUUAGUUUCCAAGACUCAGGCAUGUCCGCCGUGCCUGCCAGAUGGAAAGGCACUUGUGAGAAUAGCACAAGCUUUUCACCAUCAAAUUGCAACAAGAAGCUAAUUGGUGCAAGAACUUUCUAUAAAGGGUUUGAAGAACUUUUCGGAAAAGUGAAUGAAACGGUUGAGUACUUGUCCCCAAGAGACUCAACCGGACACGGGACGCACACAGCAUCUACUGCAGCAGGAAAUGUUGUAAACAACGCAAGUAUAUUCGGGUUUGCCAAUGGCUCAGCAACCGGUAUGAGAUACACAGCAAGAAUUGCUGUCUAUAAAGUGUUAUUUGAAGGAUUCACAACUUCUUCUGAUGUACUAGCCGCUAUAGAUCAAGCUGUCGCGGACGGCGUUGAUGUACUAUCUCUAUCUUUGCAAGGACCACUUCAGCCUUAUUAUCUAGACAGUACUGCUAUAGCUUCAUUGGGGGCGAUUCAGAAAGGCAUAUCUGUUGUCUGCUCCGCAGGCAAUUCUGGACCAACUCCAUACACUGUCGACAAUACGGCGCCUUGGAUCUUUACAAUUGCUGCUAGCUAUCUUGACAGAGGCUUCCCGGCCAUUGUCAAGCUUGGAAAUGGAUUGACGUUUGAGGGUUCAUCUUUGAAUAAAGGCUACUCAAGAAAACGACUUCGUCUUGCAUAUGACAGGACAGCAGGUGCAAAAGAAGCUAAGUAUUGCACUCCAGGCUCACUCCACAGAGAACUUGUCAAAGGGAAGAUUGUUGUGUGCGAAGAGGGUUUAAAUAGCAGAUUGGAAAAGGGGGAGGUAGUAAAAUUAGCAGGGGGAGUUGGCAUGCUGCUAAUCAACAUAAGAAUCCAAGGCGAAGAACAAUUCGUCGACGCACACGUGGUAACAACGAUUUCUUUAGGAGUCUCAGCGCGUAGAGCCGUUAUUGGAUAUGUGAAUUCGUCUAGAAAUGCAACGGCUUCUUUCAUCUUCCAAGGGACGGUGUAUGGCACCCGUGCACCGAUGAUGGCUGCAUUUUCAUCAAGAGGGCCUAAUCUGGUUGGACCCGAUGUGAUCAAGCCGGACGUGACUGCACCAGGGGUGAAUAUCUUGGCUGCUUGGCCACCCUCAAUAAGUCCUAGUCGACAAAUGAGCGAUGAGAGAAGUGUUGAGUUCAAUCUCGAUUCAGGUACCUCAAUGUCAUGUCCUCAUGUUAGCGGCCUAGUUGCACUACUCAAGUCAGUCCAUAAAGAUUGGUCACCUGCAGCCAUUAAAUCUGCACUGAUGACAACGGCUUACAUUACUGACAACAAGAAAUCUCCCAUUAUUGACAUUGCCUCUAAUAACUCAAAACCCGCAACGCCUUUCGACUUUGGUUCCGGCCAUGUUAAUCCUGAAGCUGCUGUGGAUCCGGGGCUAAUAUAUGAUAUUACUGUUGAAGAUUGUCUACACUAUCUUUGUGGUCUAAAAUACAACUCUUCUCAAAUAGUUGCAGUUUCAAGAAGUGACUUUGUAUGUCCAAGGAACAUAACUCUUCAGCCUGGUGAUCUAAAUUACCCUUCUUUCGCUGUGAAUUUUGUCGGUAAAGCGAAGAACGCCAGUGUGACAUACAAGAGGACUGUGACAAAUGUUGGAAUCCCAAAUAGUAGUUAUUUGGUGCAGAUAGAGGAACCCAAUGGAGUAGCAGUGAUGGUAGAGCCAAAGAUUCUGAAAUUCGAAAAGUUGGGUGAGAAGUUGAGCUACAAAGUGACUUUUGUUGGGUACGAAAGAAAGACUGAUGCUCAGAACCUUAAUGCAACAUUUGGAUCUCUAACUUGGUUCUCUAGAAAAUAUGCAGUUAGAAGCCCCAUUGCAGUGACAUGGGAUGUUGAUACAGAAUAGUAGAGCCU